GCGUUGCUCUCGCGAAAGGCCUUCCGUUCUGCGCCCGGAAGCCGCCAGCUCUCGCGAGACUAGGAGCAAACCGCGCGGGAUCUCGGCCUUUUCCUGGAGGAGACCGCGGCCAAGAUGGUGGGUAGUUUCUGAAGCGGCGCGCAAUCCGGCUCCAUCCGGCCGGAGGAGGGCGGCGGGGGCCGGCGGGACUUGGCUGUUCGCGGAGUGGGGUCGGGCCCCGGUUAUACCGGCGGGGGCAGGAGGGCGUGAGCGGGGUGGGAAGCCCGGCGGGCGGCGAGACGAAUGGAGCGGCGGGGUAGCCCAGGCCUAGGCCUGGAAAGGGGUCCUCGGCACGACCAUAGCUGUCUCUGCAGCGCCUGAUCCCGUGUGGCUUAAGCUCCAGUGCCUGGCGAGGAGGCUCUUAAGGAAACUGUUCCUCUGAGCAUGGGCAGAGCGUCCAGCAAGGCUUAAGCUCCAGGGCUUGUAUUUUCAAAGGACAAGGGGAGACCCUUAAGGAAACUGUGUCUCUGAGCAUGGGCAGAGUGUCCAGCAAGGCUUAAGCUCCCGGGCCUGUAUUCUCAAAGCUUUAUUCAGAAGGGAGGGGGAGACUCUUAAGGAAAUUGUGUCUCUGAGCAUGGGUAGAGUGUCCAGCAAGGCUUAAGCUGCAGGGCUUGUAUUCUCAAAGGACAAGGGGAGACUCUUAAGAAAACUGUCUCUGAGCAUGGGCAGAGUGUCCAGCAAGGCUUAAGCUCCCGGUCCUGUAUUCUCAAAGCUUUAUUCAGAAGGGAGGGGGAGACUCUUAAGGAAAUUGUGUCUCUGAGCAUGGGUAGAGCGUCCAGCAAGGCUUAAGCUGCAGGGCUUGUAUUCUCAAAGGACAAGGGGAGACUCUUAAGAAAACUGUCUCUGAGCAUGGGCAGAGUGUCCAGCAAGGCUUAAGCUCCCGGUCCUGUAUUCUCAAAGCUUUAUUCAGAAGGGAGGGGGAGGCUCUUAGGAAAACCGUGUCUCUGAGCAUAGGUAGAGCGUCCAGCAAGGCUUAAGCUGCAGGGCCUGUAUUCUCAAAGGACAAGGGGAGACGCUUAAGAAAACUGUCUCUGAGCAUGGGCAGAGUGUCCAGCAAGGCUUAAGCUGCAGUGCCUGUAUUCUCAAAGCUUUAUUCAGAAGGGAGGGGGAGACUCUUAAGGAAAUUGUGUCUCUGAGCAUGGGUAGAGCAUCCAGCAAGACUUAAGCUCCAGUGUCUUUAUUUUCAGUUUUCUUCAGAAGAGAGGCGCUUAAAAAAAACUGUGUUUCUGAGCAUGGGUAGAGUGACCAGCAAGGCGGCAGCACGAGAAAUGACUGUUUUCAGAUAUGGCAGGAGGGGAGAGGAAUCGUAGUUCUGGAAAGGGACCCCAAGGAAUAUCUAGUUCAGGCCCUCCAACCUUUUCAGACCCAGCACUCACUUUUAACCCAAACGUGCAUUUCUUAGUCUUUUGCCGCAUGGCGGUGGUCCUGUUCACGAAGAAGCCCACCUUGCAUGAGGCUUCUGUUGGAAGACCAAGGAUCCUUUAAUGCAGGAAUCACAGCAAAGAUUAAAAGCCUUUCCCUCCACGCAUGUGCAGAAUGACUAGCAGGGCAGCCACAGAUACCUUCCAAAUAUUGGGGCGAGAGGGGAUGUUAACAUGGUCCCUGAAUAGGAGCAGAUUUCCAGCAAGCCCCAGAAUUUUUGUCACAAAGUCCAGGUCUACCGUCUUGGGAGAAUAUGGGCUGAGUGCUGGUGGCGUUUGUACAAGACCGCCUCUGAGCAUGAGUAGAGUGUCUUGUGGGGUUUAAUAGAAUUGUAGAGUUGGAAGGGACCCCACGCCCUGCAGUGCAGGUGACCCGCAUGGGAAUUGGACCCGCAACCUUGGCAUUAUCAACACCACACUCUAACCAAGCCAGCCAGCUGAAUUUCAGUUCCUGCGUCUGGGGUCUUUGUGGGGCAGGGAGGAAUGCUGCCGUUGCCUCUGAGCGUGAUAAGAGUGCUUGGAGCCCUUAAGCGCCAGCAGUUUCUUUCCAAGCCAGGAACCGUGUCGGUUUAGAUGUUAGCUUCGUUUUAUAUCCCACUUUUUUUUCCUCCAAGGCGUUCUCUGUGACUUUCUUCCCCUCCUUGUUUAAUCCCCACAACAAACCUGUGAGGUAGGCUGAGAGUCAGUGACUGGCCCGGGUUCACCCAGUGAGCUCCAUGGAGGGAUUUGAACCCUGAUCUUCCAGUUCCCAGUCCAACGCUCUUUAAGCACUGCCAUACAGUGUCUCUCAAACUGGCAAGGCUUGCCAGGUUGAGGAAACUUGCAGAUGUAUUCUCUGUGUUGGAGAGUUUUGGAUGAGGGCAGAAUGACGUGGGUUUGUGUAUUUGAUACACCCUUUCCCUGGUGUGACGCGGGUGGCGCUGUGGGUUAAACCACAGAGCCUACGCCUUGCCGAUCAGAAGGUUGGCAGUUCGAAUCCCCGCGAUGGGGUGAGCUCCCGUUGCUCAGUCCCUGCUCCUGCCAACCUAGCAGUUCAAAAGCACACCAGCGCAAGUAGAUAAAUAGGUCCCGCUCCAGCGGGAAGGUAAACGGUGUUUCCGUGCGCUGCUCUGGUUUGCCAGAAGCGGCUUAGUCCUGCUGGCCACAUGACCCGGAAGCUGUCUGCGGACAAGCGCCGCAACCCCAGAGUCGGUCACGACUGGACCUAAUGGUCAAGGGUCCCUUUACCUUUACCUUUUCCCUGGUGUGAGCGCCUUUCGUUUCCUCUCCCUGGGCAGGCGGAAGUGGAGCAGAAGAAGAAGCGUACUUUCCGGAAGUUCACCUAUCGGGGUGUGGACCUGGACCAGCUCCUCGACAUGUCCUAGUAAGAGAAUCAUCUUCCCUUUCCGUCGUUUACACCCUUCCUGUCCCCUUUUUGUGCUACAUCUCCCAUCGUCCACAGUCAGCACAGCUGGAUGAUGCCGUGGCUGGUGGAGGUUGCUGCCCAUAACUUGCCAGCUGGGCAAAAGCUGCCUUAGUUUAACCACCAGUCUUAGGCUGAACCCAAGCCCUUUUUUCGUGGUGUUGAGGCAGCGAGCUCAGCUGGUCUUCUGGAGGGUGCAUGUGACCAUCUUCGGGGUGGUAGAUCUGAAUUUGGUGAGAUGGAAAUCAUGUCUUCAUGUUGCGUUUGCAAAGUAAAGGAAGGACUGGACCCUGAUUAAAAGCAAGGCACGAGGCUUUGACCAGCAAGGCUCUUGGAGAAAAGUGCGUCCACCACACCCCUCGCCAGGCCAUUUUAUUAGCAAAAGAAUCUUUUACACAGUGCUCGUAAGAACCAAUCAUAUUUCCUCUGAGCAUUUCAUCAAACCGCACAUGGGGGAAAAGUAACACUACAACGCUAAUUAGCAUGCAUAUAUUUUGGGGUAAAUAUGUUGAGAACUACAAAGGGGUAGUAAAUAACUUGAGAACUACAAAGGGGUGCAUCUGGCAACCCCAGAGCUGUGAAAUAACCAUGAUAAGAAGGAUGGCCAGAAAGACCAGACCACUAUCACCUUCAUGUGAGAUCUGUUUCCUGGCUCCAAGAUUAAGAAACUACAUCAAAGAACUUGCCCACUAUCUUUUUAUGGCACAGGAUGCCCGCCUGGCGAAGCUACUGCUGUGUACGUGACAUGUGGGGAAGAGAGGAAUGGGCAGUAGAGUCAAAAGGGCAUGAAUGUAGAAUCUUAUGGGAUUUAAUCAGAAAUUAUCGUCAAUAUAUCAGACCCAGUCAACACAGUGAUUUCAUCGUGGACACGAUGGCUUGAUGUAUAUUUUAUAAUUCCUCAUGGUAAUCCCAUCUGACCCCUACAUCUCCAGUGUUGGAAACUCGGGUAUAUCAUCUAGGUGCCAAAUGGAUCCUUAAACCAAGGCUGCCGUUGUGAAAACGGAAUGUCCAUUUUGGGGCAAGACGGCUCAAAAGUCUUAUUUUUCAGAGGAUGAUUGAUUCUCAGUCAAACAUCCGGCUACUUCAGAGGACAACCUUGAGCUUGGGCUGAGAGCUUUGAGAACUUAAAAGAAGGAAAAUCCCUUGAUCCAGGGGCAGCCCACAUCUAUAUUGGCCUCUUCCGACCUCUUUUUGUAUAUAUAAUAAUAUAUAUAAUUUAUUAUUUAUACCCUGCCCAUCUGGCUGGGCUUCCCCAGCCACUCUGGGUGGCUUCCAAAAAAAUAUUAAAAUACUGUAAUACAUCAAACAUUAAAAGCUUCCCUAAACAGGGCUGCCUUCAGAUGUCUCCUAAAAGUCUGGUUGUAGUUGUUCUCUUCGACAUCUGGCGGGAGGGCGUUCCACAGGGAGGGCGCCACUACCAAGAAGGCCCUUUUUCUUAGACCAUUCAUAACGUAAGAAUAUUCUUCACAACCGUGAGCAGGGCAGCUGGGAGGGGCGGUAAGUGAAGAAAAGCAACAAUUCACUACAGUAGUACCUCGGGUUAAAUACUUAAUUCAUUCCGGAGGUCUGUUCUUAACCUGAAGCACCCCUUUAGCUAAUGGGGCCUCCUGCUGCCGCCGCGCCUGAAGCAAAGUUCUUAACCCGAGGUACUAUUUCUGGCUUAGCGGAGUCUGUAACCUGAAGCGUAUGUAACCCGAGGUACCACUGUAUAACGGCAUUCACUGUUCCUGCUCAGGCCGCACAGAAAAAUACAUUUUGGUUCCAGAAAGCCAUUCUGACUGUGCAGCUAAAAUAUAACGGAUAGGAUUCUGCAGGUUGGCGUAUUAGUGUGUGAAAACAGUCCGGAUACAAGGAUCCCCAUGUGGCGAAGAUUCCGGGCAUCUUCCCUUAGUUGCAAGUGGUUGGGACCCAGGUGCGAAAUGCGCCUGGCUGAUUCCGAACACAGCUGUCCUUGCUCUGAUUCCCACCCCCUCUGGGCACCUGGGAUUGACCACUGAUGCCCUUUAACUUCUGCCUGCCCAGUUUUGGGAUUUAAUAUAUAAUGAACUGAAGAAACUUUUUAAGAACACAUUCCCGAAAAAACCGGAGGCUUUUCUAUUAGGGAUAAUAGGGGAGGAGGUAAAAAAGGAGGAUUGUAAAUUAUUUCAAUAUGCUACAGUGGCAGCUAGGAUCCUUGUGGCUCAAAAGUGGGAAUUACAGGAGACGCCAACGGUAAUGGAGUGGCAGGCUAAAUUUUUUGAGUAUACAGAAUUAGCUAAAAUGACUUAUAAAAUUCGAGACCAAAAAGGGACAAAGUCUGAAGAAGAGUGGGGUAAAUUUGUUGCAUACAUAAGAAGUAACUGUAGAAGUCUAAAAACUGUAGCAGGGUUAACACAAAUCCUGUGAUGUGUAUAGAAGGUAAAUAAGAAUCUGCAAGAGAAGAUUUAAAUUAAGAAAACCGAAGCAGGGAAGGAAGGAAGUCUGGGCGUGAAACUACGCAGUGUAAAUAAGAUGACAUAAAAUGAUGAUUGUAAAAGAUUAAGUUUUAUUUUUGUUUGUGAAAAACUCAAUAAAAAGCAUUUUUUAAAAAAAACAACCUCCUGCCUGCCCUUUAACUUCUGCCUGACCGUUCCUUUUCUGUUCCCAGCGAGCAGCUGAUGCAGCUAUACAGUGCCCGCCAGCGCCGGCGGCUGAACCGCGGCCUGCGUCGCAAGCAGCACUCCCUCCUCAAGCGCCUGCGCAAGGCCAAGAAGGAGGCCCUGCCCAUGGAGAAGCCUGAGGUGGUCAAGACCCACCUGCGAGACAUGAUUAUCCUUCCGGAAAUGGUGGGCAGCAUGGUUGGCGUGUACAAUGGGAAGACCUUCAACCAGGUGGAAAUCAAGGUGAGGGCUGGUGGCUGGGGAGGAACAGCUUCUUCUUACUAUUAUUUAUUGAAUUUAUAUAACGCCCUAUCCCCGGGGGUCUCAGGGCGCUUCACAGAGUAAAAUCAAGAUAUAAAACCACAAAAUACAUAAUAAAAGUUAAAACAGCAACCCAAUAGCCUCUCCCCCAACAAAACAAAAACACAUUUUAUAGGGACACAGGAUGUAAAUCAGAUCAACGAAAGGCCUGGUUAAAAGGGAACCUAAAGGUGUAUAAUGAAGGCGCCAGGCAAACUUCCCUAGGGAGAGUGUUACACAGACAGGGAGCCACUGCAGAGAAGGCCCCGCUCUCGUGUUGCCACCCUCAGGACCUUUCGAGGAGGAGGCACACGAAGGAGGGCCUCAGAAGAUGAUCUCAGGGUCCGGGUAGGUUCAUAUGUAAAGUGGCAGUCCAUGAGGUAUUGUGGUCCUGAACCGUUUAAGGCUUUGUAGGUCAAGACCAGCACUUUGAAUUGGACCCAGAAUUGCAGAGUUGGAAGAGACCACAAGGGUCGUAAGUUUUGAAUCUCUUGGAAAUUGUAAUUAAAAGAGCUUGCAAACUGAACAAUCAAAUGAAUUUAGCAAGUUGAUGCCUAAUUAAUCAUAAGGCAGUAAUGUCAACAUGGCUUUAAGGUUAAAAGCGUUCUCUUAUUAAAAAAUCAGCAUCUACCAGAUUUGCAAAAUUGGGAAAUUCCGCGGUUGUAGAAAUUGCAUUGCCAGUCACUGCCCAACGUUUUGUGUCAACACAACACAAACUCUUUACUCCCAAUACAGAGUCUCAAAUCUCACUAUGCAGACUGAUAGGGAUUUUUAAGGUCUAACGUGGACCACAUUUGUCACCCAUUUAAUUGUCUCAGCAUUUCUUUCAUUUAACAAAAUGCAUUCACCACUUGAUGGUUUUAAAAGCAAACAAACCCACAAACAUUCUAAGCAGUUUAGUAAACCCCCCAGGUAAAGAAAAGCAAUUUUGCCAACCAUCUAGCCAUUCCCCUUUGCAUUAACUGCCUAUGUCUCCAAACUUUGCUGUUCUUCUGGUGUGAUUGUUUUACUCUGUUUUCACCAUCCUUGACACAAAGCUAACCUUGCAAUUGCAUAGGGCUUUAGUCGUUUCACAGAAAGCAGUUCAUAAAUAUAUUGAAUACAUUAUUUCUUCCUUGUUCGAUUUAUUCGUUGCUUGUGACUUGUGUUAUUUAAGAACAAAAAGCAUAUUGUGCCUUUAAAAAUUCAGGCAGAACGUUCGCAUUCUUCUGCAGAUGCACAAACAAAAAGCAGCCUCCUUCAUCACAGCACCAGGAAGAUUCCAGAGUGCUAACAAAUCUCGUUUCCCUCCUUUCUCUUUCAGCCUGAAAUGAUUGGCCACUAUUUGGGAGAGUUCUCCAUCACUUACAAGCCCGUUAAGCACGGCCGACCUGGAAUCGGGGCCACCCACUCCUCUCGGUUCAUUCCUCUGAAGUAAGGGGACUUGGGAAGAGUUGUGUCUCUCGUGUAAAUAAAAGGGUUUCCCAACAAUAU